CUCCCACUUUCUUCCUCAUCUCUUCCCUCUUCCUUCUCAUGCUCGUUGCAUUCUAUCCUCUUGGGUAGUCUUUGCUUCGUUGGCUCAACCUUGCUUGUCUUGUCUUGUCUUCUCUGCCCUUCAUUGCUAUCACCCUUGGUAUUUUCUGCGUGCCUUGUUUUUGUACUAUUCCAUUCUUCGAAUUCUCUUCUCGGCCGCAAUUCUCUUCUUCCCUUCUUCUCAUUCCCCUUAGACCCUUGAGAUCAAUAUAUCUUUGAGCUGAAGCCCAAGAGAAAAAUCUAAUUUAAAGCUAGACUGCGGAGACCGUGCUCUUCUCCGUCGAUCCCUUUCGGCCAUCACAAAUUUCGCCGAAACCAGACCCUCCCAAGUCGCCUAUCCCUUCUCUCCUCAGUCGUUCCGAUCCGGUCCUGCCUCACUCGGUGCUCGCUAAGCCAGCUAUCCAGUUUCAACCGCACUUACAUUGGGAGUAACGCUGCGGUCGUCGUGCCAUGGAAAUACUUUAAUCGACGGUCUUCGGAUAAAGUGCCUUGGACCCUGCGCGAGGAAACCGCCCAUCAUGGCUCGCCAUAACGUCAUGCGGGGGUCGCUGGAAUACCUUCGAAUUGGUUACCCGAUCCUGGUCCUCGUCGUGUUUGCGGCGGCCUUUGUGGCCAACUCGAUUGUGACCGCUAGGACUGCGAACCAGAAUCCGUCCGCUUCACAGACCGGUCCGGGAGGCCGUCCGCUUCCCAAGCGGUCGAGGAGCACAGUGGCCGUGGUCAAGGCUAACCAGAAGUUCUCCCAGAAUGCGAAAUUAUGCUUCAGGUUGCUCUCUGUUGUUAUUUUGGUGACGCUGGUGGCUGAGGCUGCGGUAACCGUGGCCCAUGUGAUGGUUGCCAGAUCGGAACAGUGGUGGUGUGGUCAGGCUGUAGUGAUAUACGUCGUGGGGUCCUUCUUCGACUAUGCCAUUAUCCUGGUAUCCCUGCUAGAUACAGACCCUUCACCAACGUUUGCUCAGUUCGUGCCAUGGCUAGUGGCCGCGCCCCUCGAGAUGGUGAUUCUCGCCCUUUCGGUUUCCAUAUAUUCUCGCCCGCACCACGAGCCUGCAGUCGGAGCACCCACUGGCGGAAAACUGCGAGGAGGCAUCACUUUAUGGGAAGCUGCAGGCGUUGGCUGUAACAGCAUCCGUCUUUUGGCGUUGCUGAUGCUGGUCAUGCUCUAUACAUGCAGUUCUCUCAGAUCUCCGUCUGUGGCCCGAAAAGAGGCCCGUAUGAACGGCGAUGGUCCGAACGAGACCACGGGACUUCUACGCCCCGGUACAGAGAAUGGACACGCUUAUGGAUCAACAAAUGGCGCACACGGUGACCACAAGCCAGCAGAUCCGUGGGUUCGCCCAACGACACAGCCAUCCACUAGUUGGUGGGAAUAUCUCAGCGGCUAUUCCUUGUUUUUCCCGUAUCUUUGGCCAUCCAAGUCCCGCCGUUUGCAGUUGGUGGUGCUCGUUUGCUUUUUGCUAAUUAUCCUUCAACGCGUCGUCAAUGUCCUCGUUCCUCUUCAAGUUGGGAUAAUCACCAACAAAUUAUCUAAACAGGGUGACGAAUUCCGCGUGCCAUGGUUUGAGAUCUGCUUAUACAUUCUGUUUCGGUGGCUUCAGGGCAACCAGGGGCUCAUUGGGUCUCUCCGUUCCACCCUCUGGAUCCCUGUUAGCCAGUAUUCGUACAUGGAGCUUUCAACCGCUGCUUUUGAGCAUGUCCAUGGUCUCAGCUUGGACUUCCAUCUUGGGAAGAAGACAGGUGAAGUUCUCUCGGCCCUUAGUAAGGGUAGCUCCAUCAACACCUUUUUGGAGCAAGUUACCUUCCAGGUUGUUCCAAUGCUAGUCGAUUUAUGUGUCGCCAUUGUCUAUUUCCUUGUUGCGCUAGACGCGUAUUAUGCUCUUGUCGUCACCAUUGUGACUUUCUGUUAUCUUUACGUGACUAUUCGUAUGGCUCAGUGGAGAGCGGAGAUUCGGCGACAGAUGGUUAAUUCAUCUCGUCAAGAAGAUGCGGUGAAGAAUGACUCGAUGGUCUCUUAUGAGACGGUGAAAUAUUUCAACGCGGAAGAGUAUGAGUUUGGACGAUAUCGAGGCGCAGUAUCCGACUUCCAAAGGGCCGAAUACCACGUUCUUUUCUCGCUGAACCUGAUGAACACUUCGCAGAACACCAUUUUUAUGCUCGGCCUUCUGAUCGCCUGCUUUAUUGCCGCUUAUCAAGUCUCGCUCGGACAACGGGAUGUAGGUCAGUUUGUUUCGCUUCUCACGUAUAUGGCCCAAUUGCAGGGCCCGCUCAACUUUUUCGGAACAUUCUAUCGUUCCAUUCAGUCAGCCCUGAUCAAUUCGGAGCGCUUGCUGGAAUUGUUCAGGGAACAGCCUACGGUUGUCGACCGACCCAACGCCCGACCAUUGGCGGUUUGCAAGGGAGACAUCAAAUUUGACAAUGUUGAAUUCUCCUACGACGCCCGUAAGCCGGCGUUGAACGGCCUUACAUUCCACUGCGAGCCCGGCACCACAACUGCUCUGGUCGGUGAAUCCGGUGGAGGAAAGUCGACUGUUUUCCGUCUGCUCUUCCGAUUCUACAAUUCUGAAAGAGGCCGAAUUCUGGUCGACGGGCAUGAUGUGGAAAGUAUCACCAUUGACUCCCUCCGAAGACAUAUUGGAGUGGUGCCGCAGGACACAGUUCUCUUUAAUGAGACUCUGAUGUAUAACCUGAAAUAUGCCAACCCAAGUGCUACAGACGAAGACGUCUAUGAGGCAUGUCGGGCAUCUAGUAUCCAUGAUAAAAUCAUGUCAUUCCCGGAUGGCUACAACACCAAAGUUGGUGAGCGUGGUCUGCGACUCAGUGGUGGGGAGAAACAGCGAGUGGCAAUUGCUCGGACGAUCCUUAAGAACCCGCGAAUUAUUCUCCUGGACGAAGCCACUGCGGCACUUGACACUGAGACCGAAGAGCACAUCCAGGGUGCUCUGUCUACGCUAUCCCGUGGCCGCACGAUGCUCGUCAUUGCACACCGACUGAGUACCAUCACGACGGCGGACCGCAUCCUGGUCCUGAGCGAGGGCAAGGUUACAGAAAGCGGAACACAUGAUCAACUGCUUGCAAUGAAGGGUCGGUAUGCAAGCAUGUGGCGCAAACAAAUACGCGCUCAGAAAGCUGCUGCAGAGGCUCAGGUGCUGCAAGACCGAGCCCAGCGAUUGCGCAGUGCAUCCACUUCGGCGGCCGCGGAGGAUAGCUCCAGCCAGUCCGAUGAGGAUCGGAACACUAACCGCGGUCCGAAUGCAAACCGACAAGCACAGUUCCAUCACCCAUAG